UUCCGAUCUGCAGCAGUAGGCAUCACGUCUCCAACGGUAUGGCUCCCCCUGCAGGUCAGGCCCACUUACUACACCCCCCCCCGUCAUCUCCUUCAUUCAGGUCAAUCAAAUGUCGACAGAUUCAGAGAAACUGCCAGAGAAAUGUUUGUAUCUCAGUUCAUAGAAACGUGAGAGAUUGACGUCUUAAUCAGCGAGGUUCCAAAUAGACAAGAGGACAUCCUGUUCUCCUGCUGCUUUUGCACACAAGAUCUGAGCAGUAGAUGGACGUUGGCACAUGUUCAGCCAAUCAAUACAAGGAAAAAACAAAAUAAAAAAAAAACAACCUCUCUGAAACCCUUCCCUUGUUUUACAGUUUUACAGUGUUUUAAAAUCUUUUCGGACACCACUUAUCCAUGUCAAAUAAUACAAUGAAAUCCGUUGUAAUGAAAUGUUGUGGUUUUACAGAGAAUUAGUUUGCAAACACUCCACAAGUCAGACUGUAAUUACUCCCUCUGGAUCGCCCUGUUAGCGCGUCAAAAGCUGCGAGGGGCGGAGUUGGUGAGCGCGCACUGGGAGCGCACAGGCUCUGUUGAUAUAGGCAGCGCCGUCCUUUCAGCGGAGGUUAUGGCUGAGGACUUUGUAAAGAGAAGAGAGAAGAAGAGGACAACGGGGAUUAUUUGAUAGGAACAAUGCGUUAAUGUGCGUUUAUGAGAGAUAUAUUUUUUACACAGCGACUGUGAUGAGCUCUAAAUCAAGAAGGCGUUGAACCUGCUACAAUGUCACAUGCACAGGUUGAGAUACCAGGACGCGGUUUCCCAGGCCUCUCUGUGGAUAUGACCGACGACUGUUUAUCCCGGGUGCCAUCCGUGCUGAGGACGCACGGUUUGGGCGCGCGGAGAAACUCAUACGGGCUGCAGAAAAUUAGUAUGGACAUCGAUUCGCCUCUGUACAACGGCGCCCUCUCCAAAGCCCUGUCCUGGUCAGCCGAGAAUAUCCUCACGCUGCCCGAGUCCAGAGCAGAGGACGAGAAAACUGACGAUUCCCCGCCGUCUCCGUCUCCAGUUUCCAGCCCGGGGACCAGCUCCAACACUCCUCCGUGCAGCCAGGAGCCAGACGCCGGUGCCCUCACCGGUAACUGGGAUCCCGUCCCGAGAACCGGCGCUCAGGACGCCAGCUCGGACUCCGAAAAUGAACUUCAAAAUAAACAGCACAAGAUCCUGUCUCGCAUCACGUUUGAUACCCAGUGGGAGCAGGAGGAGAAAGAAGACGUGGAGACCAAAGCGGUGGCAACCUCACCUGAUGGAAGAUACCUCAAAUUCAACAUAGAGAUCGGAAGGGGGUCUUUCAAGACGGUCUAUAAAGGCCUGGACACAGAGACAACAGUGGAGGUGGCAUGGUGUGAGCUACAGACCCGUAAGCUGACCAAGGCGGAGCGGCAACGAUUCAGCGAGGAAGUGGAGAUGCUGAAGGGCCUGCAGCACCCGAAUAUCGUCCGCUUCCACGACUCCUGGAAGUCGACGGUGAAGGGCCACAAGUGCAUCAUACUGGUGACUGAACUCAUGACGUCAGGCACGCUCAAAACGUACUUGAAGAGGUUCAAGGAGAUGAAGCUGAAGCUGCUGCAGCGCUGGAGUCGUCAGAUCCUCAAAGGACUUCACUUUCUGCACACGCGCACUCCUCCCAUCAUCCACCGGGACCUCAAGUGCGACAACAUCUUCAUCACCGGCCCCACCGGCUCUGUUAAGAUAGGAGAUCUGGGGCUGGCCACUCUCAAAAGUGCCUCUUUUGCUAAAAGUGUCAUUGGAACACCAGAGUUCAUGGCGCCGGAGAUGUACGAGGAGAAGUACGACGAGGCGGUGGACGUCUACGCCUUUGGAAUGUGCAUCCUGGAGAUGGCCACCUCUGAGUACCCGUACUCUGAGUGCCAAAACGCUGCCCAAAUCUACCGCAAAGUCACCAGUGGAAUGAAACCUGACAGUUUCUACAAAGUCAAAGUCCCAGAGCUGAAGGAGAUCAUUGAGGGCUGCAUUCGUAUGAACAAAGAUGAAAGGUACACCAUUCAGGACCUCCUGGAUCACCCCUUCUUCCAGGAGAACACUGGCGUGCACGUGGAGCUGGCAGAGGAGGACGACAUGGUGAAGUCGGGCCUGAAGCUGUGGCUGCGCAUGGACGACACCAAGAAGCUCCAUGGGAAGUACAAGGACAACAACGCCAUCGAGUUUCUCUUUGAGCUUUACAAAGAUGUGCCUGAGGAGGUGGCUCAGGAGAUGGUCGUGCUUGGCUUCGUGUGCGAGGCAGACUUCAAGCUAGUGGCCAAGGCCAUAAGGGACAGGGUUACGGCCAUCAAGCGGCAGAGAGAGAAGCUGAGGCGGCAGGCAGAGGAGCGGAAGAAGAAGCUGGAGCAAGAAGCCAUAGAAGAAGAGCCUGAGCCUCAUCCCCCUUCGCCUAAAGUCAGCGAUGUUGUCGCAGCAGAGUCCCCCAUCCCAGCCCUGACGCCUCCGGCCCCCAUCCUGUCCCCCGUCACGAGCUCAGUGGACUCCGGUGUCAGCUCAAACUACCCUGCAGAACCAGAGGAGCCCGAGGCAGACCAGCACUUCCACAUCCGCCACAACAGCCUGUCCUCUGCUAACUCUGACUGUGAGACAGACGGCUAUCUGAGCUCCUCUGGACUUCAGGAUCCGCUGGAGGCCGGCAGCUUCAACACGACCCCUCCCACCAUGCACACCAACACCCCGACUGUAAACGGUCUCCCCAUCCCAGCGCUCCGCUUCCCCUCGAGUAUUGCAGUAUCCAACAACAUAGAACAUGGCAACUCAGGGCCCCCGAGUGGCUUCAACUCCCCCGUGGACAGCUAUGCCUCCGAUGUCACUUCAGGCUUGAGUGACGGCUAUGAGGGCCUAUCAGAGAAGAGUGACAAAACGGCUGCAAGGCGAACCGCUGCAAAGCUGUUCAGGAGGAGGGCGCGCUCAAGGCUGCGCAUCACAGGGCUCUCUGAUAAAGUGGACCGGGUGGUGGAGUGUCAGCUGCAAACACACAAUGACAAGAUGGUGACCUUCAAGUUUGACCUGGAUGGAGAUAACCCUGAAGACAUCGCUGCUGUCAUGGUGCACAACGAGUUCAUCCUCCCGUCGGAGAAGGAGGGCUUCAUCCACCGCAUGGGAGAUAUCAUUAAACGGGCCGAGGCUUUAAUGACCAAAGACCAACCGGUCCACUCCAGUGGGCACCGACUCCCCCAGCCGGCGUUCCACAGCGGGGUUAACUCAUUGUCCUCCUCACAGCCCAAUCUGCACAGUCACACCCUGCCUCGAACACACUCGUCCUCCUCUCUGCCUGACUUCAGUGUGGCUAACCCGAGUGUAGGGGCAUGUGGCUCUCCCCCAUGCCCCAAUGGAGACGUCUUCAGUGCAGACAUUACUUCAUCUGGGCGACCUCUAAUACGCUCGCAGUCUUUCCACAACGCCCCAGGGUCUCCUCUUCACUAUCAGCACCAUCACCAUCCUGCGUCUCUCCUGCCCCACCACCAGCACUACCAUGUACCCUUCAUGGGCCACACUCACUUCCCAUUCCCAUACCCAGGCUCUUCGAGUUCUCCCAAGCCAGCAGGGAUCCAUCCUCCCCUGACACGUGUAGCCAGUAACCCCACCUUCCCUUCUGUUCCCUCCCCAGCCCCCGGGUCCCCCAUACCUCCGAAUGAGACCCCAAGCCCUGGCAGCAGUGAGAGCAUCACCCUGUCCCCACCUGCCCCUCAGCAUCCCAACAUGUGGCCCCCCCACACACAGCCCUUGUUUUCCUUGGCUAAUGUCAUUUCCAUGGCCAUGAGCAUGGCUCAGUCUUUCAUCCCUCCCGCGAGCCUGCCCACCCAGGUGAUGCCCUCCUUUCCGGGCUUUCACCCCCAGCUACCCACUCACAUGGCCCCACAGUCCGGUUACCCCUCCAUCUACUCACAACAGUACCAAACCCCACCGGCAGAGGUCCCUUACCCCUCAGCGGGCGUCCCAGCACAGAACAACAUCUACCACAGUCCUGAGAAUACGCCUCAGAUGGAUGGAGUCAGUUUCCCCCAGAGCAGUCAUCCAAGCUGGCUGCAUCCUGCUCCUCCACCCUCCAUGCCUUCCACUCUUCCACUGGCUCCUCAGGAGCCUCUGCAGCAGGGUGGACUCUCCAGUCCCCCCAGCCUGACCCAGGAGGACAGUCUCAACAGUUAUGUGGACCCAUACUCAGCACAGGUUCCGCCCCAGGCUAAACCCAAACCACAAGUCUCCAGUUCAAACUCCUCAUCAGAUCUUUCCCCAUCACCCCCAGAGAGCCCAGAAAGCACUUUAUCAUCCUUCAGCACUCAGUUGCACCCCACCGUACCUACGAUGAAUGCCAGUAGCCCAAAACCAAAAGCCUCUUCCACUGAAUCUGAAGUCCAGUUUGCACCGGUGACUGUCGGGCGAUUCCAGGUGACACCCAGCAUGGAUAUCCCUGCGCCUGCUGCGCCUGUAGGUGCUGUACCUCCUGCACCACAGCCUGCAGACAGCGGCAGCACCCCCUCAGAGAGCAGCACAGAGGAACAGGGGGAGUCUGAGACCAGCCUGGGCACCUCCCUCACCAUGUCCCCUCCUCACCCACACCUCCACAGAGGGUCGACGGGGGUCCUCCAGGAGGUUGACGGGCAGCUGGGGUGGGCUGGGAGCCAGGAGCAGCAACAGCAGCAGCAGCAGCACCAGCAGCAAAACCAGGACAGAGGAGAAGAGGAAGAUGAAGAAGAGGAUGAAGAAGAGGAGGAGGAGGAGGUAGAGGUGGAGGUCGUUGGAGAACGACAGAGAACGAGGAAGAGGAGUCGGAGGAGAGCGUACAGCCUCAGUCUGAUGGGAACGUCUGCGGACAGCGGGCUCUCAGUGACGGCUGCUGAGAUGGAAGGGAGGCUGUGGGACGGAGCAGCAGGCAGCCCACAGUACAGCAACGCCCUUCACCACCUAUGGAUGAUGACUUACAACCGCAACGCUCCCUACCUAAGCAGCGAUGACUCGGACAGUGACGAUGAAGAAAUGCUGGAGGAGCUCCAAGAACUCAGAGAAAAACAUCUGACAGAGGUGCAGGCCCUGCAGGCUGCCCAGAAAAGAGAGAUUGAGGAGCUGUAUGAAAAGAUGGGGAAGGUUCCUCCCCCUGGCAUCGUGUCUCCUGCUGCUAUGUUAUCCAGUCGACAGCGCCGCCUGUCCAAGGGCAGCGGUUUCCCCUCAUCCCGCAGGAACAGCCUGCAGCGCUUGGAGAUGUUGCCGCUCCAAGGUAUCAUCAGGAGAAACUCCCUUGGAGGCAGCAGCAGCGGCUCCCAGGAUAAACCUAGCAAAGGGGUCACCUUUGCCACUGACAUUAGUAGAAUGUAAGAAACGUUCAGCCAAGCACGCUGUAUAUCUGGACUACCUCAUCUGAAGUGUGACUGCAGUGGUCAAACCCGUCCUAAAGGAGGAUCACUUUAACACUUUUCACUGGCACACGGAUCAGCAAAAAACUGCAUCACCUCUGCCAGGUCACAUGGUUCUGCCAGUGGUCAUUUACCUCAAAUGUAUAGAAACUUUUAUCAGCAGAGCUGGAUUUACACAGGAACUGUAACAUCCAGUUUUCAGCCCUUCGUCAGAUUUGGUGAAUUUGUUGCAGCUGAAGCACAGAAUAUCUACCCAGUCUGAAUCAUGUUAAAACUGUUGACUUUUGCUCUCUUGUAAAUAGAGUCACACCGAACAGUUCAGAAGUAACUGGCUUCAGUCCAGGCUGCCACACAGUACACUGCAAAAUGUCACAUCAGUUUGUUUUAAAUAUUUCCUCUGAACAAGCUUUUUGAAUUUAACGCAGUCAAGUGAUAGUCAAAGUGCUGUAAUUGUAGCAUUUUGAGCUACAGUACAGCAGCACCUGCUAUGACUCUGACCCAGAAUGAUUUGUAUAGUUGCUGUUUUCCUGCUUGUCUGACUCACUGCAGUUAAUCAGUCCGAGCACAGUAAUGUGAACCACAGCAAAGCUCUGACUCUCACUGACAAUUGUUGUGCACAGAUGACAACAUUAUGGAUAAUCUCACAAUUUAUUUGCUGUAGUUUGUUAAUAAUGUCUCAGCACCUGCUGACUGUACAGUGAAUAUACUCUGAUUGAUUACUGCCUUCCAGAGAGCAGUCUAGAUACAAUUACAGAUAUUUGAUUUAUUCAAAUAUGUAUUAUGAAAACAUUUUGUUGUAUUACGUCUUUUUUUAGUGGUUUUGACAUCUGAUAAGAUCACCUACAUACUAGACUCAGCUCUGACAUUUUCAAAUGUCGUGAAGGUGAUUUUUCAUGUUGUACAGCAGUACAAUGAGGAGAUAGCAUGAAGAUUACUGGAUCAGGAAGAAAAGUUGAACAACACUUAUAAAUGUUGGCAUGUAGCUAGUUUAAGCAGAAAGGUGCAGAAGCAUAGAGAAGAUCAAUUUUCAAACACUAUAGCUGGCUUAAAAUGGAAAAGAGGUAUUUUCUCAUAUCAAUUAGUUGUGAAAAAUCCACCUAGGUUUUAGACUACUGGCUUUCCCAUUAUUUGUUCAUGUGUAUAUAGUAGAGUGCAUUUAUAGAUCAUGUUUACAAGAGUAAACAAAAUAUUUCAGCAACCUUAAUUCUUGCUCAAGCAAAAAUCAUAUGUGUUGCUUGUUCCAUAGAUCAAGCACCUUGUGCACUUUAGUAAAUUCUACUUUGAUUCUCAGUCAUUUAACACAUUUGUGGACAAAACUGUGCUCCCUUGAGGAAGAGCUGAUAUGUUGUCCUGUUAUUUUUCCAUAAAGAGCGGUAGAGGAUAUUGUCCAGUUUAUGUUUGAUCACAAUAUUUCAUAUUGGAUCACAGCAAUGAUGAUCUACCUUCCCGCAGUUUUAAACAAUUAGUACAUUGAGGGACAUGGAGAAAUCAGUCCAAGCUGUGAAUCUGUAGUUGCCUUACAAAAAAAAAGAUAUAUAUAUAUAUAUUCACAAUACACACUGAAUUUUCCGGCAGUUGAACUCCUGCAAGAUUCGUAAUAUAUUAAGAGACAUUUCUAAAUUUUGAAUGUAAAUAUAUAAUUAUAUUGCUUUCUGAAGCUGCUGUCCUGCCAUGCUGAAUCUGUGCCUUUCCCUUAACAAUGUCUUAUUUUAUAUUUUUACUCUUGAGAUUUGGUGGCUAGAUCAGAACUCUGUAUAUCAAAUUUUGGCAAAAAUAAAUGCAACUGUAAAUACCA